CAAUGUCAAGGGUAUUCACUGACUUCUAAAUUUGUAGUGCUGUGUGUGAUUAGAUUUGUUUUCCUAAGUAACCUUCUUUGGAUCUAGAUUCUAGAUCUGGUAUAAUAAUAAUUUAGAUUUAAAUUAGAUAUAUUUAUCUGAUUCAGUGAUUGAAAUAAUCCCAAAAUGUCUCUCGCUCGUCAAAAUUAUAAUGAGGAAUGUGAGGCUGCAGUUAACAGACAAAUUAACUUGGAAUUGUAUGCAAGUUACGUUUAUUUGUCAAUGGCAUACCACUUUGACAGGGAUGAUGUUGCCCUGCCUGGCUUCCACAAAUUCUUUAAGAAAAUGUCCCAAGAAGAGACAGGACAUGCUGAGCUUCUAAUGAAGUACCAGAACAAUAGGGGUGGGCGAGUUGUCCUUCAAGACAUCAAGAAACCUGACACUGAUGAUUGGGGCAAUGGGCUAGCUGCUAUGACCACAGCACUUAAACUGGAGAGAGAUGUCAAUACUUCACUUCUUGAACUACACAAGAUUGCAGAGACCAACUAUGAUCCACAUCUUGAUGAUUUUGUUGAAGAAGAGCUUUUGGGAGAACAAGUGAAAUCCAUCAAGGAGUUAGCAGAUUAUGUGGCUCAACUGACCAGAGUAGGACCUGGUCUUGGAGAAUACAUGUUUGACAAAGAAACACUUCAGAAGUUGUAAGGGUUUCAGCAGCCAGCUGGAUGAACCACACACUCACAACCUUUCUCAGCCAUGUGAUAUUAUUGUGUGUCCCACUAUACCUAGAGAAUAGCACAUUAUUGAUAAUAGACUGUGCUUUGUUAUUUUGUAACAUUUGUAUAAGUUUAUCACAAUUUGUGCAACAUCAAUUUUUUGGUGGUUAUUUGAAUGCUUUAAGCAUAAUAUAAGUAUCUUGUUAGCAAAUAAUAAAUUGUAAUCCUAGUGCAUAUAUAUACCAAGGAUAUUGUUUUCUAUUUAAAGAAUAACCAAUGGAUAUGUAAAGUUUGCAGUGAACAUAAUAAAGUUACUGUUAGAAUUAUAUAUGGUACUUUUAUGUAGAAAGAUAAUUGUUAUUAGCGCUAAAUGGCCAUUAUUUAAUAUGUUAACUCGGCAUGCCUUUAACGUUUAAUGUUUAUCUUGAUACAAGACAGCAUUAAGUCCAUUAACUUUUGUGUACAUUUGGUUAAAACUUGAUACUUAAUAAGGUUCCUCUCUUUUAAUUCUACUUUAAUGGUAGCUUUGUGCCAUUAGUGAUAUGUAUAACAUAAAAAAAGUUGUGUUUUUGAACCUUUGAGUUCUUGUAUUAUUGUUAAUACUGGUAGUGAUAUGUUUUGAUAUCAGUUUAGCUGUAAUUUACUCUUUUUUUAAUGAGCAUCUAUACUAUGUGUGUGUCUCAUGUUUCAAGUUUUAAUAGUUUAACAUAGAUUGAUAUAUACAAGUGUUGAACUCUCAGUACGGUAAUUAAAGCUAUUUGAUAUUGUUUGACACUUAAGUAUGUUUCAAUUGUGCUCAAAUUUUUUUUUUGUCAUUCCAAAUAUUUUAUUUAGGAAAUGGGUUAACAAGAAAGUCAAGAUUUUUGGUGAGGAAAAAAAUGUUUUUCUAAAAAAAAUUUAUGUUUUUCGAGUUUUAUACCAACAUUUUUUCUUUGCUAGAUUUUGUACAUUUUGUUUUUGCUUCAGAAUUAUACAAACCUGUUAAUGGAUAAAAAAAACAUAUUUUGUAGCUUAGUCUAUAAUAAAGUUAAUCACAGAAAUAA